GAAGAUAGUUCGUCGCAGGCCGCAUUUUCAUCCGGACGGCCUACGUCAAAUAACGCCAGUUAUUCCCUCGAGACUUGAGUACUUUUUGAGAUUUACCUUGGCAUUGCAGAUUUUAAUAUUUCGAGAAGUAAUUCACUUCUUAAUAUUUUGCAAUGGUACUGCUAGCGAAACGCCUUGUUUUAAAUCCAACGAAAUUUGCCAUAACCAGACUUAGCUCGUUCUGGUCUCAUGUUGAAGAAGGUCCUCCUGAUGUAAUUCUUGGAAUAACUGAGGCAUUUAAAAGAGAUUCAAAUCCCAACAGAAUAAAUUUAGGUGUUGGUGCAUACAGAGAUGAACAAGGGAAGCCAUAUGUCCUACCAUGUGUUCGUAAGGCUGAAGCUCAAAUUUUUGAAGAGUUGCGUGAUAAAGAAUAUGCAGGUAUCACUGGUGUUCCUGAUUUUUUAAAAGGAACAGCAAAACUGGCAUUAUCUGAUAAGGGUGGCGUGAUAAGCAAUGGAUUGAACACAACUGUUCAAGCUCUUUCUGGUACAGGAUCUUUGAGAAUCGGAGCUGCAUUUUUGCAAAGAUUUUAUCCUGGCUCAAAAGUGGUAUAUAUAUCUACUCCAUCAUGGGGAAAUCAUUAUCCAAUAUUUAAAGACUCUGGAAUGGAUUUUAAAAGUUAUAGAUAUUAUGACAAAAAGACAUGUGGAUUUGAUGCUGCAGGUUGUUUUGAAGACUUAUCAAAUAUACCUAACAAAUCCAUAGUAUUGCUUCAUGCAUGUGCUCAUAAUCCAACUGGCGUUGAUCCAACUCCAGAACAAUGGAAAGAAUUAUCCCAUAUAAUAAAGAAAAAAAAUCAUUAUCCGUUCUUUGAUAUGGCAUAUCAAGGUUUUGCAAGUGGUAAUGUUGAUCGAGAUGCUUUUGCUGUUCGACUAUUUCUUGAAGAUGGUCAUAAACCUUGUGUUGCUCAGUCUUAUGCCAAAAACAUGGGUUUAUAUGGUGAGAGAGUCGGUGCAUUUAGUGUUGUAUGUGAGUCACCUAAGGAAGCAAAAGCUGUUGAAUCUCAGUUGAAAAUCCUCAUCCGUCCUAUGUACUCUAAUCCACCAAUACAUGGCGCUCGAAUUGUUGGUAAAAUAUUAAACUCACCAGAGUUGUAUAAUGAAUGGUUGAUACAAGUUAAAGGAAUGGCUGAUCGUAUUAUCUCUGUUAGAAAAAUGUUAAGAGAAAAUCUAACUAAAGAAGGCUCAUCGCAUGAUUGGCAACAUAUAACUAAUCAGAUCGGAAUGUUUUGUUUUACUGGCCUAAAACCUGAACAGGUGGAGCAAUUGACUAAAAACUACUCUAUCUACUUAACUAAAGACGGUCGUAUAUCUAUGGCUGGUGUCACGUCACAUAACGUUGGUUAUCUGGCUAAAGCUAUACACGAAGUCACGAAAUAAUCGAAACUAUUUCAGAAGUAAAAUAAUGAGAUGUGAUUAUUUAUUUGUCAAUUAUGUAUACUAUGCAGAAUUAAAAUUAAUAAAUUCUUUCUGAAUA